UGCAAGAAUUAAACCACUUGGUAUACCAGAUGGAUACUAUGUUAAAUGAAUUGUCCAUAUUUGGAAAAGAAAUGUUAAAGUGUGAAAAAUUGUUGUUCGGCAUACAAGAGGCAAUUGAACGGAGUUUUAAAACCAAAGAUAAUUGGGUUGCAAAUCAAAACAAAAACGGUUUCCAUCCAUACGCUAAAAAAAGAGCAUCACACUACGAUAAAGGAGUAAACAGUUCAAGUUUAAAUAAUAGUUACAAAGACGAAGAUAUAAAAAACCUGAAGAAAAGUUUGAUGUCAAAAAAUCGUCAAAUUCUUGCAGCCGAAACUAUUGCACGAUGCCAUAUAAAAACAGCAAACGAUACUAUUAUUGACUUAACUAAUACUAUAACUGAAAAAGAACUGCAGUUGGAUUAUGUUAAAGACAACAUGAAAAAUCUCGAAAUCCAGGCAAUAAAAUAUGCAAACAAUGCUGACAGAAACCGAAUUCAAAUCGAAUUUUUAACUGACUUGGUUAAAAAAAAAAGAAUUCAAAAUGAAUUGUUGAAGAGGAUUUGUACCGAACGAGGAGACAAAAUAAAAAAACUGGAAAAGAGCAUAAUAAAUAUGCGAAAAUUCCAUUAGCUUUAAUUGAA